UUUGGGAGGUUAGGGUGUCAUUAAAAAAUUCAGACAAAAAUAAAUCCUGGCAAGAAAUUGCCGAACAGGUAAAUGCCAUCAACCCGGCAGUAAGUCGUACUACUUGACAUUAAAAACAAUGGGGAAACCUGCUGGCUGAGGCUAAAAAUGCAUAUUAAAAAAAGAAAACAAAAACUGGAGGCGGCCCUUUUGAAAAACUUUCCCAGUUAACUUCUUUUAUAAUUUAUAUUUAUGGGGAAACGUGUCCCAUUUUCAGUGGAAUUGAACGGGUGCAAAGACGGGAAUAGAGGAUGCCACGGUGGUAGAAGCAGCAGCGUCCGGGGAUGCCCUCUGGAGCUCGAAUGCCCCAUCAAGGGGCCCCCAUGGGCCCUCCAGGACCACCAUAUGGAGGGAGUCCCUCUGUUCGCCCUGGGAUGCCAAACACAGUCAUGGAGCCCACAAGAAAGCGCCCGGCCACCUCCCAGCAGGCUCAACAACAGCAGGCAGCACAGAACCGAGCCAGAAACGCCAAGAGGAGGAAAAUGGCAGACAAGAUUCUCCCUCAGAGGAUUCCAGGGGAUCACAGAAGGAACAGGGUGUUUUGCAAGAUCAGGCUCGUGGGUGACUUUCACAGACAUGCACCCCAGUAAGCACUGCAGUUUAGGAUAUCAUAUCCGUGAGUUGGUUCCAGAGUCCCAGGCCUACAUGGAUCUCCUGGCUUUCGAGCGAAAACUGGACCAAACUAUUAUGAGGAAACGCGUGGAUAUCCAGGAAGCCCUGAAGAGACCAAUGAAGCAAAAGCGUAAGCUGAGGCUGUACAUCUCCAAUACUUUUAACCCUGCAAAACCAGACGCUGACGACUCUGAUGGCAGCAUUGCUUCCUGGGAACUGCGAGUGGAGGGGAAACUACUGGAUGAUCCUAGCAAACUGAAGAGGAAGUUCUCCUCAUUCUUCAAGAGCCUGGUGAUUGAAUUGGACAAGGACUUGUACGGGCCUGACAACCACCUGGUGGAGUGGCACAGAACCCCAACCACCCAGGAGACUGACGGCUUCCAGGUGAAGCGGCCCGGUGAUGUCAGCGUGCGCUGCACUCUGCUGCUGAUGCUGGACUACCAGCCCCCCCAGUUCAAGCUUGACCCAAGGCUGGCCCGGUUACUGGGGAUCCACACCCAGACACGCUCCGCCAUCAUCCAGGCACUGUGGCAGUACGUCAAGACCAACAAGCUGCAGGACUCCCACGAAAAGGAGUACAUCAACUGUGACAAGUACUUCCAGCAGAUCUUCGAUUGCCCAAGGCUGAAGUUCUCUGAGAUCCCCCAGCGGCUCACUAACCUGCUGCUGCCCCCUGACCCCAUCGUCAUCAAUCAUGUCAUCAGCGUGGACCCGAACGACCAGAAAAAGACGGCUUGCUAUGACAUCGAUGUGGAGGUGGAGGACCCUCUGAAAGGCCAGAUGAACAGCUUCCUGCUCUCCACAGCCAAUCAGCAGGAGAUUGCAUCACUGGACAACAAGAUUCACGAGACAAUCGAGUCCAUCAACCAGCUGAAGAUUCAGAGAGACUUCAUGCUGAGUUUCUCCAAGGACCCCAAGGGUUACAUCCAGGACUGGCUCAAAUCCCAGAGCCGGGACCUCAAGGUGAUGACAGAUGUAGUGGGGAACCCAGAAGAGGAGAGGAGGGCAGAGUUCUACCAGCAGCCCUGGUCCCAGGAGGCAGUCAACCGAUACUUCUACUGCAAGAUUCAGCAGCGCAGACAGGAGUUGGAACAAGCACUGGCCGUGCGCAACACCUAAACCCUUCCACACGGAAACAGCAGAACUCCAGUGUUGCAGCAGCACCCCCCGCUUGCCAUCGUCUUCUCACAGUGUUGUGACUUUUCUUGUUUGUCGUCAUGGUAACCCUAUGUUCUGUGUCCUUGGAGUGGGCACUGCUGUUCUGGAUAUCACUGGGAUCUUCUUCAGUGUCAUUGCUUGACCACACAGUUAGCAUGUACUUUCCUUUUUAAAAACAGCUAGUCGUAUGGAGAAAAAGAAUACAUACUGUAUGAUACACUCACUGAUUUUAACGCAUGGAACCAUGUGUGCAGGUCUAAGAAAAGGACCCCUUAAUACUGGCCCCAUUCCCAACUCCUCCUGGAAUGCCUGCAGUGACUUCUCAAUAAAUAAUCCCACAUCCCACAGAUACUGACUCAAAAGGUCCUGUAGUUGACCAAGCCACUCCAUUACUGCAUGAUGGAGCAUGUGUUUAGUUCUUGCAGAAAUCAGGCAUCAUGUAUAGCUGUAGAUCUCACCAAAUUGUUGCAAGUCCGUUUUUUUCACCUGUCAAGUGCAGCUAGAGCCAACUUGAGGGACCUGUGAAGCCUGUGUGGUUAGGUCCUGCUAAUGCCUCACAUUAGCGGAGUGAGUGUGUGGAUAUAUUUGUACUGAAUUAUAUAUAUAUACACACACACACACACACAACAUAGGUAUCACUUUGAUCCACUUUGGAUUUGUCCACAGUGUAAUUUGCACUGUUUCCUUGUCUUGUGAUUCAUGGCUUAAUUAAAAUUAUUGCCCCAUCUGACAAUUUCAGACUCACCGAAGGUCACUACAAACACCAGACGCGAUGUGAUUAUUCAUCGGGUGACAGGAUACUUUUGCAUGACCAUGCCCAUGCACAUCUGAGCGACACAGACGUGAUGCCACAGAUUCAUAGCCUAUGUAUAUAUAUAUAUUUUUAAAUACAUAUUUUUAUAUGGGCUCAGUUUCACUCCAAAACAAAUAUUACUAUUAGAAAUUACUAUUGACAGGAAUAUUUCAACAUGUCUUUCAUCUCUGUAUCUUAAUAAUUGCGAUGACCUUUGUCAUAAAGCUCUGGGCAUUUUUCCAGGGCAAAUACUAUUUAUUACUCUUUAUGAAUACUGCUUCACCCUGAUAGACACCGUGCAUUGAAGCAGUUCUGUGAUUGCUCCAUUCCCCAGUUGUCGCACAAAUAAAUCACAGAAAUGAGGGUUCAAUCCUGUUUAGUUCACAUCGCUCCAGUGCUGCCCCCACGUCACCUGACAGGUCGCCUGGGGUGUGAAGGAUACUUCUCAAAAGUAUAGGUAGGUUCUAUUCAUUUUGUCACAUCACUGCACAUAUUCGCUUGUUACAUCGCGUCUGGUGUGUAGUGGCCUUUAGACACUGUUUACUGAGGAAUUCCAAGAUACAAUAGAAACAAAGUUAUAUACACAACCUUAUACAGGUAAUGUGAAUUCCAAUAGUUUUGCAGAAAUCCUGCUUGUGUAGCACUUCUUGGCCACAGGGUGGAGCUACCUACAUGCUGGUUCAUGAGCCUCCAUUUUACAUAACUGAAGAUGUGCUGGGGCCUUUUCCAAAUGCAUUAGCUCAUUGUUUAUUAAAGACUGUAUAGUCUAUUCAAUGGUUCUUAAUGGCAGUGCAUCUUAAUACCAUCAUUGACCCCAAUGUUAUGAAAAUCAAACAUCCAACUGUAUCUUAUUCUUUUUAGUUUAUUUCUGUCUGUAAAAGUAUUUUAAAACGUCAUGAGGGUGCAUAUUUUAGGGAAUAGGGCCAGAUGAUAUCCUUGAUGAGAGGCUUUGUCUGUUUUCCCAGAUACUGUAUCUUUAAAGGGCAGAUCAUCUUACAAGCUGGUGUUUUUUCCUGAACAGGAUACUUUAAUAGUGAAGUUCUGAAUAAGAGUCCAGGGUUACUAAGCAUUAAUAAAGUGACAAGUAAAAUGUAUGAUUAUUAAGUGAGUUUUAUAGACUAACAGGGACUAAAAAACUAGAGAUGAGUGCUAAACAGAUUUUUCAGGCAAAAUUGUGUUGUUCAAUUUACCACUGCAAACUUGUAUAAGGGUAGAAACAUGUUACAGCAGUAUCUUCCUGUCAUAAAAAAACUUCUUAAUAAAAUCACUUCACAGUAUUACAAGGGCAACAAGAUAACAGUGCUGUCUCAAGGCUAAUUCACAAAGCCACAAAGAAUCACUACAGACAAAACACUAUUGUGUGGUGGAUGGCUGCCAAAGUGAGGACUCAAUGGGCCAUUUGAGCAUCACAGU